CGGCGGCACAGGAGGAUGUACUUGGUGGCGGGGGGCAGGGGGCUGGCCGGCUGCGGGCACCUCUCGGUCUCGCUGCUGGGGCUGCUGCUGCUGCUGGCGCGCUCAGGCACCCGGGCGCUGGUCUGCCUGCCCUGUGACGAGUCCAAGUGCGAGGAGCCUCGGAGCUGCCCGGGGAGCAUCGUGCCGGGCGUCUGCGGCUGCUGCUACAUGUGCGCCCGCCAGAGGAACGAGAGCUGCGGUGGAGCCUAUGGGCUCCAUGGAGCCUGCGACCGGGGGCUGCGCUGUGUCAUCCGCCCCCCGCUCAAUGGCGACUCCAUCACCGAGUACGAAGUGGGCGUCUGUGAAGACGAGGCCUGGGACGAUGACCAGCUGCUUGGUUUUGAACCCUGCAAUGAGAAUCUUAUCUCGGGCUGCAAUAUAAUCAAUGGGAAAUGCGAAUGUGACACCAUCCGAACCUGCAACAAUCCCUUUGAGUUUCCAAGGAAGGAUAUGUGCCUUUCAGCAUUAAAGAGGAUCGAAGAAGAGAAGCCAGAUUGCUCCAAGGCCCGCUGUGAAGUGCAGUUCUCUCCACGUUGUCCAGAAGAUUCCAUUCUGAUCGAGGGCUAUGCUCCUCCCGGGGAGUGUUGUCCUUUACCCAGCCGCUGCGUGUGUGACCCUGCGGGCUGUCUGCGCAAAGUCUGCCAGCCGGGAUACCUGAACAUUCUAGUGUCAAAAGCUUCAGGGAAGCCGGGAGAGUGCUGUGACCUCUAUGAGUGCAAACCAGUUUUCAGCGUGGACUGCAGCACCGUGGAGUGCCCCCCUGUCCAGCAGGCUGUGUGCCCCCUGGACAGCUAUGAAACUCAAGUGCGGUUCACAGCGGACGGCUGCUGUACCCUGCCAGCAAGAUGCGAGUGUCUCUCUGGCUUAUGUGGUUUCCCCGUUUGUGAGGUGGGAUCUACUCCCCGAAUAGUCUCUCGUGGAGAUGGGACACCUGGAAAGUGCUGUGAUGUCUUUGAAUGUGUUAAUGAAACAAAGCCAGCCUGCGUAUUCAACAGUGUGGAGUAUUCCGACGGAGACAUGUUUCGAAUGGACAACUGUCGAUUCUGCCGAUGCCAAGGGGGCGUCUCCAUCUGCUUCACUGCUCAGUGUGGAGAGCUGACCUGCGAAAGAUACUACGUGCCUGACGGGGAGUGCUGCCCUGUGUGUGAAGAAGAUCCCAUCUAUCCUUUUAACAACCCCGCUGGCUGCUACGCCAACGGCCAGAUCCGCGCCCAUGGGGACCGGUGGCGGGAAGAUGACUGUACUUUCUGCCAGUGCAUCAACGGAGAUCCUCACUGUGUGGCCACGGCCUGUGGGCAGAGCUGCAUGCACCCUGUGAAAGUGCCUGGGGAGUGUUGCCCCGUGUGCGAAGAACCAACCUACAUCACAAUUGAUCCACCUGCGUGUGGGGAGUUAUCAAACUGCACUCUGAAAGAGAAGGACUGCAUUUAUGGCUUCAAACUGGAUCACAAUGGCUGUCGAACCUGUCAGUGCAAAAACAGAGAGGAACUGUGUGUAGGCCUUAAAAAAGCCUGCACCUUGGACUGUCCGUUUGGCUUCCUCACCGAUAUCCACAACUGUGAGCUCUGUCAGUGCCGCCCACGGCCCAAGAAGUGCAGACCCACGAUGUGUGAGAAGUUGUGUCCACUUGGAUUCCUGAAGAAUAAGCAUGGCUGUGACAUCUGUCGCUGUAAGAAGUGUCCAGAGCUGCCAUGCAGUAAGAUCUGCCCCUUGGGCUUCCAACAGGACAGUCAUGGCUGUCUUAUCUGCAAGUGCAGAGAGGUCCCUACUUCAGCUGGGCCACCUGUCCUGUCAGGCACAUGUCUGUCCAUGGACGGCCAUCAUCAUAAGAAUGAGGAAAGCUGGCAUGACGGAUGCCGGGAGUGCUACUGUCACAACGGAAGGGAGAUGUGUGCUCUCAUCACCUGCCCGGUGCCUGCCUGCGGCAACCCCACCAUUCGUCCUGGACAGUGUUGCCCGUCAUGUGCAGACGACUUUGUAGUGCAGAAGCCAGAGCUCAGCACCCCUACCAUCUGCCAUGCACCCGGAGGAGAGUACUUCGUGGAAGGGGAAACAUGGAACAUUGACUCCUGUACACAGUGCACCUGCCAUGGUGGCCGGGUGCUGUGUGAGACCGAGGUGUGCCCACCACUGCUCUGCCAGAACCCUGCACGCACCCAGGACUCCUGCUGCCCACAGUGUACAGAUGAACCUCUUCAGCCUUCCACAUCCCAUAAUGAGAGCGUGCCUAGUUACUGCAAAAAUGAUGAAGGGGACAUAUUCCUGGCAGCAGAGUCCUGGAAGCCUGACGUUUGCACCAGCUGCGUGUGCGUGAAUAGCAUGAUUAGCUGUUACUCUGAGUCUUGCCCUUCCGUGUCCUGUGAAAGACCUGUUUUGAGGAAAGGCCAGUGCUGUCCCUACUGCCUAGAAGACACGAUUCCAAAGAAAGUGGUGUGUCACUUCAGUGGGAAGGCCUAUGCUGAUGAGGAACGGUGGGACAUUGACAGCUGCACACACUGCUACUGCCUACAAGGCCAGACCCUCUGCUCGACUGUCAGCUGUCCUCCACUGCCCUGUGCCCAGCCCAUCAAGGUGGAAGGAAGUUGCUGCCCCAUGUGCCCAGAAAUGUAUGUGCCAGAGCCAACCAAUGUGCCCAUCGAGAAGAAAAACCAUCAUCGUGGUGAGAUUGACCUGGAAGCUCCCAUGUGGCCCACCCCAAGUGAAAAUGACAUCAUCCAUCUCCCUAGAGACAUGGGUCACCUCCAGGUGGAUUACAGAGAUAAUAGCAGGCUGCAUGCAAGCGAAGACGCAUCACUGGACUCCAUUGUGUCAGUUGUGGUUCCCAUAAUAAUAUGCCUCUCCAUCAUAAUAGCAUUCCUGCUCCUCAACCAGAAGAAACAGUGGGUACCACUGCUCUGCUGGUACCGGACACCAACUAAGCCUUCUUCCUUGAAUAAUCAGCUGGUAUCUGUGGACUGCAAGAAAGGCACUCGAGUCCAGGUGGACGGUUCCCAGAGAAUGCUAAGAAUUGCUGAACCAGAUGCACGCUUCAGUGGCUUCUACAGCAUGCAGAAACAGAACCAUCUACAGGCAGACAAUUUCUACCAAACGGUGUGAACACGGGCAGCGGCAUGGAUGAGAUUCUGAAAGACAGGAAACCGACAAAAAUCUGCUUUCUAAAGUAAACUAGAAUUUGUGCACUUGCUUAGUGGAUUGUAUCGGAUUGUGACUUGGUGUCCGGCACUAAGGACCUAACUGGGAUGGGCUCUGUCUACAGCAUUGUGCAGGACAAGCAUCCCCACCUGGCCUCAAGAUAAAACUGACCACCACGUGUUUUCAUAGAACCAAAGUUGUAAAACUUGCUAAAGUAUAUUUGCUUGUAAGGUAGCGGUAUAGACAUUUGGGGGUGGGGACGGAGCGUUUGGUGGGGGAGUGG